UGCCUCAGACCUGGCGGGGAGUGCUUCCUUCUAUACGUCGGUCCGAUGAAUCAAAUACUGGGUCACAGUGAGGAUGAACUUCCAUAUUACUUGAAGAAUAUUAGUAAAUGGAAAGAACAUCUUAAAGAUUACGAGAACAAAAUAUAUAGUCAAAUAAGUAUUGAAGAUAGCAUAAGGUUUCUGGAAUCAGUUGGCUUCGAGGUAAUAACAGCAAACUUACACAAACCAUGUGACGAACUUGAUCUUCACAAAGACCAAAUAAAAGAUUAUCUCCGCACACUUCUUGGUCAUCUGAAUUACCUACCCGAGCAAUACCACGAAGGAUUUCUACAAGAUGCUACUGAUUGGUGCAACAAAAACUUUCCUGUCAAUCAACGAGGAAACCAAUAUAUGCGACUUGAAGUAAUGAUGCUCCGAGCCAAAAAAAAACUAAAUUACUGAAGAUCAGAUAAAUAGCCUGAGAGCCGCACAUUUCAGUUAUCACAAUGGAGGUCUCUGUAUAGGACCAUACUGUACCUAUAUGAAUUUAAAUUAAGCUUAGACUUACGACACUAAAUUACUAUGGCGCCAUUCAUUCUGAAUUUGUUGGCCUGCAGAAUUUUAGAAACUAUUUUCAAUAUAUAUGUGAAAUAUUCCUAAUACCGAAAUCAAUACAUACUAUUCACAACCACUGGUUCACCAAAAUAUGAAUGACUGGGUGUAUAAUUUAAUUCAUCAUAUAUUUUACAGUUGACCCUUAAGUUGGUUGGUAAUAAAUUUGAGGAAACAAAUAGUAACUGCAAACUUGGCAACAAUAGCAUCAGACAGAAAAAAGAUGGAAAAUGUUAGAGGAGGGCUUCACACAGCAGUGGGUGAAAAAGCCUGAUGAUGAUCAUCAUGAUGAUCAUGAUGGAAUAGUAGUUACAGUGGUAAAUUAUCGUAAAUCAACAAACAACCUCCCCUUGAUAACAAUGAUUUCAAAGAUAUAUUGACAGUGUAAUCUAAGAUUAGAUUCAACAGCCAAACUGUUUUAACAUUAUUAAAUUACUGUGAACAUUUUAUUUGUUACUAAACCAAGAUGGACCUUUCCGCUCAUCCCCGCCCCUUGGAUACGGUUGCUAAGAUUCCGCAAAACGACAGCAUAAAUUAGUUAAGCCCUGCCAAUUGGAUAUGAUGGCUAUGAUCCCGCAUAACAUACGUGCUUCUUGUAAGUAUGUGUUCUUAGCCCUGUUCUGAUUGGUUCAAAAGCAGGGCUUAUUUAAACUAUGGAGGAAAGACCUAUGUUUAAACCUGUAAAUAGGCUGAGAAUAAGACUGACUAUUCAAUGCCUAUCUCAUAUGGUAUAUAUAUAAAAUAUAUAGAAACAUGAAUUUGAGUUCUUAUGUUUAGUAAACAAGGUCAUAAAAUGUCUUAUACAUUUCAAGAAAAUAUUUGAAAAAAGAACAGGCAGGUAAUUUAGAUGAUCAACACGUGCCUGUAUGAUUAAGUUAAAAAAGAAAUCAUAUUCUACUACCUAUUGACUUAUAAAUCAAUUUAUAAAUCAAUCAAUUUUUAUUAAAAUUAUUUUGUACAGUUGAGGGUAGAUAGUGCCAUAAUGACCAUUGACCUAGUAUUCUAGUGUCUUGCAGGGUCGGAAAUCAGCGACAUCAAGAGGCAAUAAUUUUCUCUAUAACAACAUAUCAUACUUGAUAUACAAAUCAAUAAUUUUUAGUUAAAAUAUAUAUUUUUUUUCAAUAGUAGUAGUGACUAUUACAUACCUAGUCAAUCUUUCCCAGUCAUCGAGCAGAUUUCCUGAAAAAUGGAAAUGUCCUAAAGUUUUCCCUAUAUUUAAAAGUGGUGAUAGAACCAAGGCCAGUAAUUACAGGCCCAUAUCAAAUUUACCAAUUCUUUCUAAGAUAAUUGAAAGGGUUGUUUUUUUACCAGAUUUAUCAAUUUAUAAAUUCUAAAGGCAUGAUCUAUAAAUAUCAAUCUGGAUUUCGUCCUAAAUUUUCAACUGUAUCGUCCUUUAAAUAAAUAUUACAGAAGAUUGGAUAAACGCAAUUGAUUGUGGGAAGUACAUUGGUUUAGUUAUGCUAGAUUUGAAGAAGGCAUUUGAUACAGUGGACCAUGCCAUUCUUAUAGAGAAACUCCAUUCUUUCAAACUUGAUCAAAAAGUUAUAAAUUGGUUUAGAAACUACCUUUGUGAUCGUACACACCUGACCCAGGUAAAUGGAGUUCAAUCAAGUCUAUGUAAUAGUGUAUGUGGAAUCCCUCAGGGAUCAAUUUUGGGUCCUCUGUUAUUUACAUUAUAUGUGAAUGACCUACCAAAGCAUGUAAAUAGUGUACAAAUUAGUAUGUAUGCAGAAUGCAUUCGUAAAGAGUUUUCUUUUUGUGAAAUCAUCAACAUAAAAAAGAUAAUCUGAACAUGAAAUACUACUUUUGAAUUGAACAUAAUAAUUCAUUAUUGAUGAAGACAUAUUUUCUGAAUUAAAUUUCUGGUUUUCGAUGUCAGAUAAACGUAAAGCAA